AUGCUCAAGACACUUCUUAUUUCUGCUCUCUCGGCUUCAGCCCUCGCCGCUGACGCCUUCCCCGUCUUCAACAAGCGGCAGACGGUCCCGAUCCCGUGCAGCGAGUCCGGCCGAAAGGCCUGCGGCGAUGGCUGCAUCCCCCUGACGUACACGUGCUGUCCGGACCAGCAGGGCGGAUGCCCCCUGAGCUCGACGUGCUGGCUCGGCACCAACGGUGCGUACGGGUGUUGCCCGAUCGGCCGACGUUGCACGGGCCCGGGCGGAGUUGAUACCCUGCCCGGCAGCACGGUAACCUCCACCAUCUUCUUCACCGAGUCGGUGCCGGACGACGAGACUUCGACGUCCUUCUUCGUCUCGACCUCUACAUCAACAUCGAAGUCGGUCAUCAUAUUCACCUCCUCCGAAGAGAGCACCUCGACACAGACUCGGUUCGUGCCGGAGCCGACCACUUCCUCGCCGCCUCCCGUGGCCACCAACACCCGGACGACGACAUCCGCAGCGCCGACGGCCAGGCCGAACAGCACCUCGGCUGGAACGCCUCCUGUGACCGUCAACGGCGCGAACAGCCGAGGCGGAUCGCUCCUUCAGGCCGUGGCCGCCGGUGCCGUGGCCUUGCUCGCGAUCUGA